UGCGCGGCAACUCGUGGUCUCGCGGUAUUUUAACCGGCUCUCUUCGUUGUGCGAUGCAUACCCACAAUACGUUCCGGGACCGUAUUGCCUGAAUGAUCGUCACCGACGCACGGCUGCCAUGCCUUCCCCACGACGCAUCAUUGACACUGGAUUGUACGACGCGGACCGUCUUGGGUAUAGCUGAUGGCGUAAUUGCAAACUCGCUGGGAAGUCCGCGUCGAUUCGCUCUGGAACACAUGAACGACAGCUAUAGGAGGGCUUCUGAUCCUGUCUCCGUUUGGAAGUCAGCAUUCAGUCAGGCAGACGAGCUUACGGACUCCCGCUCUGAGUCAGGCCCAGGUCCCACAUCAUGGGUCAGUUACCACUGUGUACUUACUGGCGUCCGCUGGCUGCCGCAAAUUCGCGGGUCUGUUGUCCUAGCGCCUCCACUUCACCUGGCCCCAGACCGUUCUAACAGUACUUCCUUCAUCGGACAUUUCCUUGGCGGCUCUAUUGUUUUCCUGGCACGCAAUUCAAUGGCUCGAAGUGAAAAUGCUGAAACGCGCGUUAAAACACAAUGCAUAAGUCCCUGCCUUUGGUUCGCACCGAUCGCGGUAUUAUUCAAGGACAUACCACGCUCAUGUUGGGCAUGCCCCCCAGAAUUCAGCAACGACCACGCACCUUUGAUAUUUAGCAACCUUGUCAGCCAACGGAUUCCUCUUUCAUGGAUCUCCCCCACGAAUAUGGCAUGUACUCGGUUCCCACCCGCGGCUGGCGAGAAUAUUCAUUGCUGCAGGCGCCGCCGGAUCCGAGUGUUCCGGCAAGCUCCGCCGUGCGGCGGACUGGGAAAUUGCGCGGUUGGGCGAUGGACGUUUGCGCCUUCUUCUUCUUCCCUUCUUCACACCUGCGUCGCCCUAUAGCAACCCGCUAGUGUCAGCCAAUGGUAUCGAGACGGGGAUUGCCGCAGUGCACCCUCACGGCGCGCGGCUAUACGGCGAUGGCCACCUCCACGGCAGUUAGAGGUUGCCUCUU